AUGUCCUCCUUAAUAUCUCCCAUACGACUAUGGCUCUGGCCACGCAGUCAAUCCUUUUUCCUCAGAAACUCGGAUCUGCUGCUCGUUCAUCGUCCGAUAUUAUCACACAGCUCUCGUGAAUACUCUUCGUCAAGCUAUAAACGCAAUCUUCCUCCGAGACAGAAGCAACAGGAAGUGCCGUUUGUGAAGCCGAGCCAUAUAAGCGAGAGAGAGUUGGCACAUAGGACUUUUUUUGCUUUACAUAGACCACUGUUGACCCUCGGUAGUGAACAGUUGCAGGCAAACUGGGACCGCGGGCAAGGAUUCAGUUGGGAAGAGGAAGAAGAGAUAGAAGAAACUGAAGAAGAAUUAUCAACCCACCCUCAAAGUUCUCUCUCCUCUCGCUUAAGUUUGUCAACUCAAUCCACAUUCCACCCGCCCACGCCAGCCUCGACGCCCUUUUCUUCAAACUCUUCGUCUUCUCUCGAUCCUAUUGAAGCAGAAAGAAUGGUGAAUCGUUUCUUUAAUGAGCUCGAAUCGAAAGUUCGUGAAGGCGAGUCGGAAUGGGCAAAGGCUUUGCAUGAACAAGAGCGCAAAGCUGCACGGGAGGAAUUGGAUGAUGAGGAUGGCGAGGAAGAUAAGAAAGGUGGCGUUUACUGUACGAAUAUAAAACAGAAGAAAAGGCUGAAGAUGAAUAAACACAAGCAUAAGAAGCUGAGGAAAAGACAGAGAGCGUUGAGGAAGAAGCUAGGGAAAUAG